AGGUGUGAGAUUUAGAGACGACGACUGGCGCAAAUAUCAGCAAGAUUUUCAUCUGACAACCAGACCCUAGCUGGCUGAUCCACUUCACACUUGGACAGACCGGUGCAUAAAUCACUCUGGCACCCUCGCCAAGAGAAACGCUUUUUCACAUUCUCAUCUUCAGCAGUAGAGAGUUCUGGAGUGAUUCUGUGUGUCCUUGUGUGCCCUUUCUGGAUCUAGCUCUGUGUAUAUCCUUUCUGGAUCUAGCUGGUGUAUAUCCUUUCUGGAUCUAGCUCUGUGUAUAUCCUUUCUGGAUCUAGCUGGUGUAUAUCCUUUCUGGAUCUAGCUCUGUGUAUAUCCUUUCUGGAUCUAGCUCUGUGUAUAUCCUUUCUGGAUCUAGCUCUGUGUAUAUCCUUUCUGGAUCUAGCUCUGUGUAUAUCCUUACUGGAUCUAGCUCUGUGUAGUAUUUGUUAUGGAUUGGCCUGACUUUUCUUCUCUCUGUAUCUACUUUGUGUUAGUGUAGUACCUGAGUUUACUGUGUCAUUCUGCUCCGUAGCUUUCGACUGGUUUUACAAAUAUGAAGGGAAGCUGCCCACUCUUAAAAAGGUACCUGGUGCUUUGGAAGUGGUGUUUGCAGUGCCGUGUGUGUGUAGUGUGUGUAUAGAAAUCUCGUCCACCGUCUCCACAUCUAGUUAUUGUGAACUAGGGUUGGGCUCUGUGGUUUGGUUUGGUGUGCUGUGCUGUUGUUUUCGGAGGUUUGGGGACCGUUUGCGGUAUCUGUCUGUCUAUCUGCCUAUCUAACACAACUGCAUGGAUUUUGGGAGUGCAGUGAGAAGCAUUUCAUCUCCCCAAAACCAAAGUCUCAAUGAUAUGCUGUGAAUGCCGCAGAAAGGGAAGGAGAAGAAGCAGAAGCACAAGAGGAAGUCCAAGAAGGACACACUUCCUGCCGAGAGGAAGAACAAGAAGGAGAUGGAGUACGAGCUCAAGCUGGCCGCGGAGAAGGAGGGGAUGCAGGAGCGAGAGAUGCAGCUGAAAAUCAACAGGCUGGUGCAGGAGGUACGAUAUGACCUCAAGGAUCUCUUCAAUCCUGCGUAUGGACGGGAGAGAUGGAGGCGGGAGGUCAAAGGUCACUAAUGACGUGGGAUCUGAGUGGUGGACAGGUCUGGCAAAGGAAAUAUUGGGGUGUGAGUCAUUCGACAUAUGUAGUCAUUGACGUUAGUGACUGUGUUAAGCUAAUAGACCUUGAAAGAGGGCAAAAUGGGAGUCUAGGUAUGUGUGUGUGUGUGUGUGUGUGUGUGUGUGUGUGUGUGUGCUUUAGUAUUGCUUGUGUGUGUCCUUAUGGGUUAGUGUUUUGCACUGGUGCGCCCCAGGUGUCAGAGACAGAGCGUGAGGACCUGGAGGAGUCGGCCAAGGUGCAACACUGGGUGGAACGGCUCUGUCAGACCAGACUAGAGCAAAUCACUCACGUAGACGGCGAGGGCCAGGAGGUAAACCACGCACGAGUGCCCCCACAAGGGAUGGUCUGCUUGGGUGACUGUAUUGUCAUUGAGUUUAUACAGUUAGAGUAAAGUCAUUUUUGAUAGGAUUUCUUCGCUGUAUAACCGCCAAAUUCAGUUGAGAUGCUCAUGCACAGCACUCGACAGAUUGGAAAAGCAGUUGGAUCCCAUUUGUCUUACUGUACGUGUGUGUGUGAGUGUGUGUGUGUGUGUGUGUGUGUGUGUGUAAGCAACAUAUCUGUUAUUAUGUUAUUUUGCCCACGUCUAAUGUAAACCACCCUAGGGUGCCUGCGUAGUUUCAGCUCCUUAGUAAGGGGUUGUGUUCAGGUUUACUGCAGUGACUUUAGACACUGGAUGUUUGGCGUAGAUGUCCCCAGGUCCCUCCCCUGCCAACUCAGGCUCCACCAUGCGGAGGUUCCCCGGUGGUCUGCAGCUGGCCACCACUGACCUGGACGACAUCAACCUGGACGACGUGGACAAGAGCCUGAGGCAGCCUCUUAAGAGGUUGGCCCCCACGCAGCCCACGUCCAACCAGCCGCCCCCUCCCUUACCCCUGCCCCCACCCUCACCCCGCCUCUACCCCACGGCCCACCUCCCAC